AUGCAUUUGCAAGACAUGAACGACAAUGAAACUCUGAUGGGCGGCGAUCGCGAUAUAAAGCGAUCUGCUGCCUGCGACCCUGAUCGGACGUACGAUGAUCCUUGCGAACUUUUGGACGAAAGUGGUGUGGCCACAGGGCGCGGAAUUCCACGUUCCCGUUCGUGGCUUUGUUGCCCGCAAAGGAACGCCAGCACGGGCAAUGGGGCCAGUAACGGCCAAGGCAACGUCACACUGCCGUGCAGGUACUCUAGUCUACAGCCGGUAACUGUCCCGCCUAGACCGCAAGAACAUUUGCACUUGGCAGCGAUGUCUGCGUUGAAGGCCGAAGUACUUGAUCUUUCGGCGCAGCUUCAGAUCUGCAGCAGGGAACGUGAUCGCCUGCAGACAAAACUCAAAAUAGAACAAGAGGAAAGGUCUAGAGCUCAGGUUCGUCUAGAGGCCCUAGGUACAGCGCACGAAGGCAGGCUUACUGAACUGCACUGCGUGAUAGCGGAACUGAGUCGGAAGCUGCACCAAAGACAACAGGCGGCCAUCAUGGAAGAGGAAGCCGAAGCCGACAUAUCCGAAAUUGAAUCAAGUUCAGUCUGCGAUGCCAAUGAAACUGACACGAAUAAAGACGAGAGUGAUAUCGAAGAAGUAAAAGCUACACGGUCUGCCACUGAAAGUCCUUCUGUUCAAAACCGUCCUGAAUUCACCGCAUCAAUUCUUAGUCAUCAACAGUUUUUGUCUCCGUUGAUGACCAAAUCACAAACACAGCCUAGUGCGACUCAAGUUGCUGCUCUUCAAGAAGAAAUCUUGAGUUUGCGCCAGGAGGUUGCACAUUUGCAAGCGAAAUUAGCGACUAAACGGAAUUAUGAAUCGAGUUGUCAAGAAUACGUCGAAGACUCCGCAUGUGACAAUGAAAAAAGCACCGACAACUCUAUUAAACGAUCAAAUACUUACACGAGCGAGCAUGACUUAGAUGAAACGUUACCUUUAGGAAGACUUACUGGAACACUGAAUGAUAUUAGUUGCAUAGAUAACCAAUCUGUAUCGGAUAAAAAUGAAUUUGCUUUGAUACAUGACAACAGCAAAACUACUAAUGUCGAAGACGUCAAUAAAAUGGAGAAGGAUUGUGCCGCAGAUACUGUAAAUGAUUAUGAAAUUAAUGGAUCUAAUAUGGAUAAACGAUCUGUCAAUAAUGUUCAGCAGCAAAGGCCGACUCAUGCAAAAAGUAACAGUUUAGUGUUGCAGAUAAAUAGAAGCUCUUCGCCAGUUCAUGUACAUAGUUCUUUAGGAAGGUCUGGAAAUGUAGCGCCAGUGUCAAAAAUGGCCGAGCGUGUUCGCCUUCGUCGUACGACUGAUGAAAAACAUAUUACAGGCACUGAUAUCUUAAAUACUGGUGUUUGUACAACAGAAGUUGCAGAGCAUUUGGUUUCUGACUUACGAAAUCAGUCGGGUCUUCACGAAUCCUAUUUAUUAACUGACACUUUGAAUGGAUCAAUAUCCAGUACCCCUUCAGAAGUUUUGCGAUUAGAAUUAGAGUUGGAACGAACUAUUGCACAACUGGAACAUCUCAAAGCAAAUAAUACAGUACUGACAUUGACCCUGCAAGAAAGCAAAGCGCAUUGCGAUAGAAUGGCUUUAUUGUGCGGGCGUUACGAAUCGAAUGCAACGGCUUUACAGGUGGCACUAAAUUACAGCGAUCGAACAGUGGAAGCUUACGACGUUCUACUAGCUUUAUUAGAAAGCCAAGCUGCUAUAAUGAAGGCAGAAAAUGACGAGGAAUUAAGGAUAGCGAAAGAAAGCAGGAAAACCGCAGAGACUGUUGCAAAGCACCUAUUGGCACGUUUGCAAGCAGAAGGGGGAUCACAGAUGGUCAGCACGGGACCGUGGCAAGAUGCUAAAACACUUUACGCUAAUAGUGCUGUUACUUCCGAGCCAUGGUCAGCAGAAGACGAAAAUGAGCUGCGGGCUAUGAUGUCCAGACUCAAAGCAGAACGGGCUAAUGUGCAGGGUACUGUUGUUGUACUCGAAUGUCUGCAUGCGGUAGAUAUUGUUGAGCCGCGGCUUAAAGGGCAGCAGAUAAGAAGAAUGGAUUUGGAAACAGCUGUACUAAUGCAGGAACUAAUGGCAAUGCGUGAAGAAAGGUCAGAUCUCCGAGCACAGUUGUUUGCCUCUGAACGUGAACGUAAAGCUGCUGAACUGAGGCAUGGUGCACUCGAAGCUUCUCAUCGAGCAGCUCAAGCCGCCUUGCGUCAUUUGCAGGCGCAAUUGGCAGAUACAGAGGCCUUGCUCUCGUUAGCAAGGCAAAAUAAGGAUCGUUCAUCUUACUCCGAAGCAGAACACGCGGCCGGAGUUGAGCGAGAAUUACUUGAUGCUUUGGCACGUGAGGCCAGACUUAAGACGCGACUGCAAAGUCUCGCCGGAUCUUUAGAAGCAGCAGCUAAAUCUUCAGAAGAAAGAAAUAUACAGGCUCAGAACGCAAUGCUAGAACUUAAGGAAACGAACAUUAAUUUAAAUCUGUGCUUGGAAAGAUGCAAAAGAAAAUAUCAAAAUCGAGUGCGCAAACUUGAACAACAACUUCUCGGCUUAGAGCAAAUGGAUCAUUCUGAAUCUGUUCAAGUACAUGGACGAAUCAAAUGUAUAUCGCCUUCUCAAGGGCCAGAAACUACUUUAUAAAAUAAACUUAUAUUGAUGUGUUCUUGAUCUAACAAGCUACCUUUGAUACAGGAAAUGAUCGAAUGUGUAAAUGAACCAACAACAAAUUUUCCAUAGAUAAAUCUUCCAUAUAUAUCUAUGAAAAGCUUACAGUAAAUAUUGGCUCUCAAGCAACUUGUUAUAACCAUUCCACAGAUACAUAAAUUUAUUAUGUGUUUUUCUAUUAUAUAGAUUUAUAU